AUGCCGGUCUUGGAGAUUCGCACCAACUUGAAAAAGGAACAAGUCCCUAACGGAUUUUUACUUAAAGCUGCCGAAACAAUUGCUCAGGUCACGGAUAAGCCAAUUGAGGUGAGAAUAAGGGCAAUUGUUGUACUAAAAAAGUACAUUUUGAACUAUUUAUGUAUGUCUUUCAUAAAUAUUAUAUUUACUCUAUUUUAAAACUGAAUACCCGUUAAAAUGAGAUCCAAAUUAUAGCGAGUGGCUUGUCACGUACAAACUGACCAAUUAAUGUCAUUUGGAGGCUCUGAAAGCCCUUGUGGAAGCGUUACAAUCCGUUCGAUCGGAAAUGUUAAGGAUCGGCUUGACAAAUUGGCUAAAGAAUUGACUGAUUUGAUUGUGAAAGAACUCGUCAUACCCAGUGAUAGGUAUGUAAAAGACUUUUUUUAUUGCGUUGGCUUCGAGAAAUUUUUCUGGCCAGGAAGAAUCAAAAUCACAUUUUUCUUGAGAAAGAACACGCUACAAAACUGCAGCUUUCAAUUGCAUGUAAUUACUAAUUUGAAUUAAGAUUCUACAUUCUGUUCCAAGAGCUUGGAGUAGAUGACGUUGCUCACAAGGGUCUCACCGUCCGCGAACUCCGCAAACAAAAUCCCCAAUAA